AUGUUACAAAUGGCCGCGUUUACUAUCAUUAAUGUGAGUUCUACUGCAGUGACUGCUCGAGUGAGACGUUUAGGUGACUUUUUCGCUGUGGUGAUAAAAUUCCUUAUGAAAAGGAAUUAUACACAAAUUUCUUGUGAUAAUGAAGAGGAAAAGAAUGAUUUUCCAGGAAUUGAUUUUAAAUCGUUUGAAAGUAUUUCUGCUGCAAUCAGCGAUGCCGAAAAGAUUGUAACAGGUUAUGAGGAAAUGGGCGAUGGAGAGCUGUGCUGCUUAACGAUGUUAAGAUUUUAUAAUGGAUUCGAAUGGAUGAUGUUAUUAAUGGGCAUAGCGAAAGAGUAUAACGAGCAUAUUCCCGAUAGAAAAGGCAUUAAUAAUGCAACGAUUCCGCCAAAAAUAUUCGAUAUGCUUUUGAAGGCUUUUAUUAAUUGUGGUGCAAUGAAAUUAAAUGAUGAUAAUUGGUGGAAACUUAUGAUGAUUAUUAGUCAACUUUUGGUUCGAUGUUGUUCGCAGUCGAAAGAAUUUUGUGCUAAGUUCAGAAGCAAAUCAGAAUAUUACAAUUUUCGGCAAAUUUGUAAACUUUUCGACAAUCGUUAUUCAAGUACUGUACAAGAUAGGUGGUAUCUUAUCCAGCUACUGAAAUUCAUUGCGAAUGAAAAAAAUGGUGCUUAUGCAAUCGCCAUGGCACCAGGAAUGUCUAAGCGAAUUAUCGAGCAACUUGAAGACGAAAAUAAAUUUCUAUAUCGUGCUGCUUUGAAGCUUGUCAAUUCUAUGGUAGCAAAAUCUUUUUUGGCUGGCAAGAUGAGCUCCGAACAACAAGUCUAG